UGAAGCUUUCAAGCUCUCUUCUAUUAGGCUCACAGCUAACCAAAGCUUCAAUAUUUGUGAGCCAACGUAACAUGGCACAACUCAACCUCAUAUUGGAAGUCAUUUUCCUCUCUCUCCUCUUCUCAAUUCUUGCCAUCCCAGUUGAGCCAACAUCAUUGGCAAGGCACAAAAAUCCCCAAACAAUGACCUACAUAGAAUCCUCUUGCAGUGGCACCCUCUACCCAAAUCUAUGCAUUCGUUGCUUGGCCCAAUAUGCAAAAUCCACCAUAAAUGGCCCACAACACUUGGCCCAAUAUGCUUUGUCAGUUAGCCUCUCUAGAGCACUUCACACAAGAGAGUACCUUUUGAAAGUGGUCAAGGAAAUUAAGGCUAAGGGUGUCAAGAACAACAAAAGGGAGUACCUAAUUGUGCAAGAUUGUGUGAACCAAAUCAGUGAUAGUGUGGACCAACUUAGCCAAGCUAUCAAAGAACUAAGUAGGCUAAACCAACAUCAACAUGGCUCCACCAUCAAUGAUAACAUGUUGUGGCACAUAAGCAAUGUUGAGACAUGGGUGAGCACUGCCUUAACAGAUGCUAGUAGUUGUGUGUACUCAUUUCCUGGUCAUAGGAUGAGUAAGAGAGCAGCUUCUAUUAAAGUUAAAGCCAUGAAUGUGGCAGAAGUUACUAGUAAUGCACUUGCCUUGUUUCUUAGAUAUGCAUCUAGGUACAGAAAAUAAGCAGCUAUGACCACCAAAUAAGUCCUAGUUAAAAGGUAAUAAGCUAUAUCUUGUUACCACCCACUGUUUGUUCAUGUACAUCAUACAUGUUUUUUCUUUGGGUGGGUUAUGAACUAUGAUUGCGAUUAAUUGGUGUAAU